GUUACGCAUCACAUUGAUUUGUUAUCUAACUGCGUCAACGAUGCCUGAACCCGCCAAGGCUGCGCCCAAGAAGGGCUCCAAGAAAGCCGUGACCAAGACCGCCGCUAAAGGCGGCAAGAAGAAGAGGAAGACCCGCAAGGAGAGCUACGCCAUCUACGUGUACAAGGUGCUGAAGCAGGUCCACCCCGACACCGGCAUCUCCUCCAAGGCCAUGAGCAUCAUGAACUCGUUCGUCAGCGACAUCUUCGAGCGCAUCGCCGGCGAAGCCUCCCGCCUGGCGCACUACAACAAGCGCUCCACCAUCACCUCCAGGGAGAUCCAGACCGCCGUCAGGCUGCUGCUGCCCGGGGAGCUGGCCAAGCACGCCGUGUCCGAGGGCACCAAGGCGGUGACCAAGUACACCAGCUCCAAGUAGACGCUGCUACGAGCACCAGAAAACACAAAGGCUCUUUUAAGAGCCACACACUGAACUAAAGGAAAAUAGAUCUGUUUCUGAGGUUUUUUACGUGUUUGGGUGAUAGUUGUCAUUGUUACGAGUUAUUAGUGAUGGUGAGAUGAAGCCACACACAGGCAUUGAACUACUGAGCCAAACAGUUCAAAAAUGGUUCAUCUCUAGAAAACUUAUGUGCACACAAGGCCACCUAGUGGCAAAGUGUAUAAUCACAGGCAGCUGAACCACAUAAUGCGUGAUGCAUUAAAUUCAGCUGUGCCUGUUAAAUGUAUUUAAUGUAUUGUUCCCGCAAAUGGUGAGAUGAUCAGGCAGAGGACUGUGAAAGUAUUAUAACAGAAUUACUGACUACACCUGGACCUGGAAUAUGUUGGAAAAGGUGAAUCAUGUCAAUCAAAGAAAGCAGAAAAAGACUAACAUCACCUCGUCAAUAAACCAGAAACUGUUAAUAAACCGUCACCAUUAAAAUACACAAUUGUAGCUUCCAAACAUUUUUAAAGUUCACAUGAUAUAACCCAUGUCUUGGUGAAUGUUGGUAUGUCUGCUCUGCCUUUGUGUUCAUGGCUGUUUGCUUCAACCUAAUGCCUUACUUUUUCAAUACACUCAGAAUAGCACAUCAAAUACAUAACAUUCCACAU